GCGUUUUCGUUCCACUCCGGCUCUUCGCGGGGCGUUCCCCUGAGUUCCGGAAUCCUUGAAGGUAGGCGUUUUAAAAUGCCUCUUUUAUUAAUUUCUCUCCAAACGCAACGGCAGGCCCGCGGACCCCCUGUGGGCCGUGUAAUUCGCGAGUCCCGGGUUUACGCGGAGGAACGAGACUAGGAACGUCCUUUGACCUUUAACCCCUGGCCGGUGCAGCGGAGGGAAACGCCUCCGUCUCUAUAUAAGGACUUUUCCGGCCGGCGCGGGCCCUUUUUUCCCUUCAGCGCCGGCCGCGGGCCCAGUGGCGCUCUUUUCCCUCCGCUGCUGCCGGGCUCCGGGCUCCAUCCGACGCCAUGGGUUUCGGAGACCUGAAAACCCCCGCCGGCCUCCAGGUGCUCAACGAUUACCUGGCGGACAAGAGCUACAUCGAGGGGUAUGUGCCAUCACAAGCUGAUGUGGCAGUGUUCGAAGCAGUCUCUGGCCCACCGCCCGCCGACCUGUGUCAUGCCCUGCGCUGGUAUAAUCACAUCAAGUCUUACGAGAAAGAGAAAGCCAGCCUGCCGGGAGUGAAGAAAUCCUUGGGCAAGUAUGGCCCUACCAGUGUGGAAGACACCACAGGAAGUGGAGCUGCGGAUGCUAAGGAUGAUGAUGACAUUGAUCUCUUCGGGUCUGAUGAGGAGGAGGAAAGUGAAGAGGCGAAGAGACUCCGAGAAGAGCGGCUUGCACAGUAUGAAUCAAAGAAAGCCAAAAAGCCUGCGGUUGUUGCCAAGUCUUCCAUCUUACUAGACGUGAAGCCUUGGGACGACGAGACAGACAUGACUAAAUUGGAGGAGUGUGUCAGAAGCAUCCAAGCAGACGGCUUGGUGUGGGGCUCUUCCAAGUUGGUCCCAGUGGGAUAUGGAAUCAAAAAGCUUCAAAUACAGUGUGUAGUUGAAGAUGAUAAAGUUGGCACAGAUAUGCUGGAGGAACAGAUCACUGCUUUUGAGGACUAUGUGCAGUCCAUGGAUGUGGCUGCUUUUAACAAAAUCUAAAAUCAUCCUCAUGUCAGUGCACUUGAAUAAAAGCUUGAAAAUAACCCUUGGCUCUUGA